UGUUUGUCUCCUAGCAGCAUAAGCUAUCCGAACAACGUUUAGUUUCCUCCUGACAGUGUUGGGGAAAUAUCCUGGUUAAUGUUGCCUUACCCCGUCACUUAUACACACAUUUUGAAAGUCGCAAUGGUUUUAAUUAUCUUUGACAACUUUGUUUAGUUAAAUUUUCUCCCGAAAGCAACAGAAGCUCAGAGUGUUAGCUUAGCUUGUUAGCUUGCAGCAGACAGACAGUGUUUCUGAUGGAGUCGAGUGAAAACCUCGGAUGUUCAAAGCCUUGGAGAAACGUGAGCUAACAGAGAUGGAGGAACCGACACACAGUGAGCGGAUGGACUCUCAGCUGGAUGAUGUGCAGAAGGUGUUGGUUUUAAAAGAGGAGCUUCCUGCUGAGGAGGAGAACUGGAGUCACAACCUGGAUCAGAAACACUCACAGAUCAAACAGGAACAGGAGGAGAAUGAGAUUACAGAGUUUAUAUUCAAUCCUGUGAAGAGUGAAGACGAUGAAGAGAAACCUCAGCUUCACUGCCAAUCUGAGAAGAAGAGAGACAGAGGUUCAGAAUUAGGUCAUGCAGAUUCUUCUGAGACAGACGUCAGCGAUGGAAACUGGGAGGAGAGCGGUGAAACUCCAUCUCAUUUAGACUCUUUAGGGAACAAUAAAUUUCCUGUAAGUGAAAAAGGCAAGCAGCUCCAUAGCUGCAGUGAAUGUGGGAAAGCAUUUAACCAAAAGUCUGAUUUGUUGAGGCACAACAGAGUUCACACAGGAGAGAAACCUUUCAGCUGCUCCAUCUGCAAUGCCUCUUUUACAUGGAAACAUGUGUUAGUGCAACACCUGAGGACACACAGUGGAGAAAAACCGUUCAGCUGUGUUGUUUGUGGUCAGACAUUUAGAAAGAAAGAAACUUUAACUUACCACAUGAGGUGUCACAGUGACGAGAAACCUUUUAGCUGCUCUGUUUGUCUGCAAGCCUUCAGCAGGAAGGAGAGCGUAAAUCGGCACAUGACGUGUCACAGCGAGGACAAACCUUUCAGCUGCUCCAUCUGCGGACAAAGGUUCAAAAGGAAGGAAAGUGAAACCCGACAUAAGAGAUGUCAUUCGAAAGAUAAACCUUUCAGCUGCUCCGUCUGUCGCAGGAACUUCCAAUCCAGGAGAACCUUGAAAGAACACACUAAGAUCCACUCAGAGAACAGACCCUCAAAUGUUCUGUCUGUGACGCUGCUUUUAAAAAAAAGAGAACAUUGUCAGAACACGCAAGAAUCCAUACAGGAGAAAAGCCUUGCAGCUGUCGGAUCUGCGGCCAAAGCCUCAGUUCCAAGUCAUACCUAACUGUUCACAUGAGAAGUCAC